CACUUAUCUCUGACGUUUAGCGCUAAGACUGGAAAGCUGGUCUCCAUCUACAAUAAAGACAGCCAGGUGAAGGAGAACGUUUCUCAAGAACUUGUCUACUACAUGGGUCAGCCUAGCUCACCCAGGGCGUCUGGAGCCUAUGUGUUUGUUCCUGUGGAUGCAGUGCCUAAGAGUGUUGCUCCUGAUAAAGUAGAGAUCAAAGUUAUUAAGGGCAAACUAGUACAGGAGGUGCACCAGAAGUUUGCCAGCUGGGCCUAUCAGAUUGUCCGACUGUACGAGGGAGCCAAGUAUGCUGAGUUUCAGUGGGUGGUUGGACCACUUGAUGAUUCCAUGGGAAAGGAAGUUGUCUCCAAGUUUACUACCAGUCUCAACAGUGACGACAAGUUCUACACAGACUCCAAUGGAAGAGAGAUGAUGGAAAGAAU